AUGUCGAGCACCAAUACAGAACGGUCGAAUUUUCGUGGUAACCGACCGCUUUCAUCAAAUCCACCUCAUUCAAUUUGUUUAACUGAUCGAAAAGUUGUUUCAUUUACACAUUUAUGGACAAUUGAUCAUUUUCAAUCAUAUUUAGACGAUCCCCAAUCUCCUCGUGUAUUAUUCAGUUCAUAUUUUUCGCCAACAUUUGGUCCACAUACAGACACAAGUUGGUGCUUAAAACUUUAUCCAAAAGGUGUUAAUGAAAAAUCUGUUGAAUAUAUAAGUUUAUUUGUUAAAUAUGUUCGUGGUCGUACAGAUUUAUUAGCUAAAGCUGAAUUUUCAUUAAUAAAUAGUCGUGGAGAAUUUCAUAUUGUACGUAAAACUCCAUAUCAUGUAUUUCCAACAGGUGGUGAUUGGGGUUAUUCAGAAUAUUUAAUGCGUAUGGUAUUAACAACACAACGUAAAUCUGAAUUAUUAAAUUCUGAUCAAAGUUUAAAAAUUUUUGCACGUGUUAUUAUUGUUGGAGAAUCAUCAUCAUCAAUAAUACAUGAAGAAAAAAAGAAUACAUAUGAUAGUUUAGUAUCAUUAUCAACACAUUUAGGUUCAUUAUUAUCAUCAACAAAAGAUAAUUGUUAUGAUGUUACAAUUAUUGUACGACCAGAACAAUUUAAUAAUUUAAUAUAUGAAAAUAAAUCAAAUGAUAUACCAUCAUCAUCAUCAUCAUCAUCAUCAUCGUCAUCAUCAUCAUCGUCAUCAUCCCCAAAAAAGACUAAUAAUCGUACGAAACGUAAACGAUAUAGUUCAAAUUCUGGUGGAAGUAGUGGUGCAGGAGAAUCAUCAGAUGAAACAACUUCAACAGCAUUAGCUAUUCUAUCAACACCUAUAACAACAACAUUUUAUGCACAUCGAAGUAUAUUGAGUGCUCGUAGUCCUGUAUUUGCUGCAAUGUUUUCUCAUUCAAUGUUAGAAGAUCAAAAUUCUACAAUUGAAAUAACUGAUUUACAAGCUGAAACAGUUCGUUGUUUACUUGAAUAUAUAUAUACAUCGAAUGUUGAAGAAAUAAAUGAACAUAAUGCAAUAGAAAUUUUUAAAGCUGCCGAUAAAUAUGAAUUAGAAUUUUUAAAACAAAAAGCAGAAUUAAUUAUGAUUAAUUCAUUAUCAAUAAUAAAUUGUACAAUGCUUUUUAUUGUUGCUGAUUUACAUAAUGCAAUUGAAUUAAAAAAACGUAUUUUAAAUUUUAUAAUGCGUAAUAUAAUUGAAAUAAUUGAAACAGAUGAUUGGCGUUUAUUAGUUGAACAACAUCCAGUAUUAGCAACUGAAGCAUUUGUUUAUUCAGCUGAACAUGCAGCAUCAUGUGCUUGUUCUUUGUAA